CCAGAGUCUUGGCCUCUAGGAGGCAGGGACAGCAGGCCCGGCCAGCCCAGAGGACCCUCUGUCCACAGUGUAAAUGAGGACGGCGCUGGCCCAUGUCCCGCAGGGAUGUAGAGGGCAGCCUCAGAGGCACUGGGCGCUCCCGGCACCAUGGAUGACGCUGCCAUCCUCAAGCGACGAGGCUACAUCAUGGGGAUAAAUUUGGGAGAGGGCUCGUACGCAAAAGUCAAAUCCGCUUACUCUGAGCGCCUGAAGUUCAACGUGGCGGUCAAGAUCAUCGACCGCAAGAAAGCCCCCACGGACUUCUUGGAGAAAUUCCUUCCCCGGGAAAUUGAGAUUCUGGCCAUGCUAAACCACCGCUCCAUCGUCAAGACCUACGAGAUCUUUGAGACAUCAGACGGCAAGGUCUACAUCGUCAUGGAGCUCGGGGUCCAGGGCGACCUCCUCGAGUUCAUCAAAACCCGGGGAGCCCUGCAUGAGGAUGAUGCUCGCAAGAAGUUCCACCAGCUCUCCUCAGCCAUCAAGUACUGCCAUGACCUGGACGUCGUCCACCGAGAUCUCAAGUGUGAGAACCUCCUCCUUGACAAGGACUUCAACAUCAAGCUCUCUGACUUCGGCUUCUCCAAGCGCUGCCCGAGGGAUGACAGUGGCCGGCUGACACUAAGCAAGACUUUCUGCGGGUCGGCGGCUUAUGCAGCACCUGAGGUGCUGCAGGGCAUCCCCUACCAGCCCAAGGUGUACGACAUCUGGAGCCUGGGUGUGAUCCUCUACAUCAUGGUCUGUGGCUCCAUGCCUUAUGAUGACUCCAACAUCAAGAAGAUGCUACGCAUCCAGAAGGAGCACCGUGUCAACUUCCCCCGCUCCAAGCACCUGACGGGUGAGUGCAAAGACCUCAUCUACCGCAUGCUACAGCCGGAUGUCAGCCGGAGGCUGCACAUUGAUGAAAUCCUCAGCCACUGCUGGGUGCAGCCCAAGCCACGGGGCCCGUCCUCUGGAGCCAUCAACAAGGACGGGGAGAGCUCCCGGGGCGCUGAGACCUCGUGGACCCCUGAGACCCCUGAGAAGAAGUCCGCCACUAAGGUGGAACUCCGGGAGGAGGCACAGCCCGAGACACAGCCUGAGAUCCGGUCGGAGGCAAAACCCAAUGAGGAGACAUUGCAAGUGCAGGUGUCAAAGCAGUUGGAUCCCAACGAGCUGCCUAGCAGGGAGACAGAGGAGGGGGCUCCCUCACAGCCUCCAGAGCCACACACCUAGCGAGCCUCUCUCAGCCCAGGGGGCUGGCAGGGAAUGAUGCAGAGCUCAUGCCUUUGAGCCUGAGCUCCAAAGAAGCCAAGGGACAAACCAAAGAGGGAAAACUGUCCUGGAUGAGCCACUAUUUUCGUCAAUUUCUUCUCCUUCCCUUUGAACUUGGUAACCCACAUGGCUAAAGAAACAAUAAAUCACUAUAUUAGUGCAGA